AGAAAGUUAUUAGAAACGGAAACAACCGUCAAGAAUCAAGAGAGAGAAAAAAAUAAUGGACGGAGGAAGCUACGGCGGUGGUUCAAGAAGAGCAAGGGGUAGAGUCGGGAGAAUGUUUAAGGUUCCGGUUUUAUGUGGGUCCGAGCUCCAAACGGCGGCGGAGCAGAUUUCUCGUGACGGUGGUAGCAGCCAUUAUUCCUCCUUUUCAACCGGUAUUCUCCCUUCUCUCGGCGCUAGAAGCAGCCGAGCCGUUAAACUCAGUCAAUACGUCAUUUCACCUUAUGACCGUCGAUUAAGGGCAUGGGAAACAUUUCUAGUGAUUCUAGUUGUGUAUACGGCUUGGGUUUCGCCUUUUGAAUUUGGAUUUCUAGACAAACCACAAGGACCGCUAUCGAUUGCAGACAAUGUUGUUAAUGGAUUUUUCGCUAUCGACAUUCUUCUCACGUUUUUCGUGGCCUAUCUCGACAAGAGUACUUACUUACUUGUCGAUGAUCGUAGGCAGAUUGCAUGGAAAUACGCAACUUCUUGGUUACUACUUGAUAUAAUAUCUACUAUCCCUUCUGAGCUAGCCAUGAAGAUGUCUCCUCCUUCGCUUAAGACAUACGGUUUGUUCAACAUGCUUCGGUUAUGGCGUCUUCGAAGAGUUAGCUCCUUGUUUUCGAGAUUGGAGAAAGAUAGAAAUUUCAAUUAUUUUUUGGUUCGAUGUGCAAAGCUUAUUUGUGUAACACUUUUCGCAGUUCAUUGUGCUGGAUGUUUUUAUUACCGUUUAGCUGCCCAUCACAAGAAUCCUCAAGAUACUUGGAUUGGAGCUUCCAUGCAUGAUUUCUUAACACGUAGCCUAUGGAUUCGAUAUGUUACGUCGAUUUACUGGUCAAUCACGACGCUUACCACGGUUGGAUAUGGUGAUUUGCAUGCUGAGAAUACGCGGGAGAUGGUGUUCGACAUAUUUUAUAUGCUUUUUAACCUCGGUUUGACGGCUUACCUUAUCGGAAACAUGACCAACUUAGUUGUUCAUAGCACGAGCAAGACGAGAGACUUUAGAGAUACGAUACAAGCGGCUUCGAAUUUUGCUCGAAGGAACCACUUGCCGAGGCGGUUGGAAGAUCAAAUGGUGGCGCAUUUGUCUCUUAAGUUUAGAACCGAUUCGGAAGGGCUGCAACAGAAGGAGACGCUUGAUUCGCUUCCGAAGGCUAUUCGAUCGAGCAUUUCCAACUUCCUUUUCUACUCUCUUGUUGAUAAGGUGUACCUUUUUCGCGGGGUGUCCAAUGAUCUGCUCUUUCAAUUGGUGUCGGAGAUGAAAGCCGAGUAUUUUCCUCCUAAAGAAGACGUGAUAUUGGAGAAUGAAGCUCCUACUGAUUUUUAUAUACUAGUAAACGGGGCUUUGGAAUUCGUAGUCUUUAAAAACGGGGUAGAACAGGUCGUGGGCGAGGCUAAGACCGGCGAUGCGUGCGGUGAGAUAGGGGUGUUAUGUUACAAGCCACAACUCUUUACUGUUAGGACUAAACGGUUGAGCCAACUUCUGAGAAUGAACCGAACCACGUUUCUUAACAUAAUUCAGGCUAAUGUUGGCGACGGGACAAUAAUAAUGAACAAUCUCCUUCAGCAUUUGAAAGAACAAAAAGAUCCGAUUAUGGAGCGUGUUCUCAUUGAAACAGAGAACAUGCUCGCACGCGGAAGGUUGGAUCUGCCUCUCACCUUAUGUUUCGCCGCAGUAAGAGGUGAUGACCAAUUGUUACAGCAACUGCUUAGACGAGGGCUCGAUCCGAAUGAAUCCGAUAACAAUGGCAGGACAGCUUUGCACAUUGCAGCGUCAAACGGAAAUGAAAACUGUGUUAAUAUUUUGCUGGAUUUUGGUGCAGAUCCUAACAGCAUAGACACGGAAGGAAACGUGCCGAUCUGGGAAGCGAUCGCGGCCGACCAUUUAGAACUAGCUCAGAUACUAUCAGACAUCGGUUCGAAAAUAUCGAUGGGCGAUGUUGGUCAAUAUGCAUGCAAUGCUGUCGAGCAAAACAAUUUGCGGUUGUUACAAGAGAUUGUCGGGUUUGGAGGUGACGUAACACUCCCCAGCAGAACCGGAUCGACGGCUCUACAUGUCGCGGUUUGUGAAGGGAAUUUGGAGAUAGUCAAAUAUCUUUUGAAACAAGGGGCACUGAUCGACGUUGAAGACAAAGACGGGUGGAGUCCUAGAGAUCUAGCUGAUCAACAAGGGCACGAAGAGAUCAAGAUUCUUUUCGAGGCAACCGAGUCAACCAAAGAAGACAAAAACAUCAAAACCAAUGCGAGUUCAACCAGAUUCAAACCGAGACAUGAGACUAAGUUUCUUGGUAGAUUCACUAGCGAGCCUUUAAUCAGGUCUGUUGCAUCCCUACCUGCAAUGGAUCAAGAACCGUGGGGGCAAUCUCAAUCGCGUCCAAGACGUAGAGGUAGUAACUUUUCAAAUUCUUUGUUUGGGAUCAUGUCGCAAGCAAGUGGUGUGGAUACUAAUGGUUUGAUGCCCGUUGCCGAGAGUAAACAUGUGAAGAAUAGUUUUAGCGACGGUAAAGAAUAUCGAGCUAGAGUGACUAUUAGUUGUCCCGAGAAACAAGAUAAAAAUGGAAAGCUUACACUUGUUCCAAGUAGUUUUGAAGAACUUCUUGAGAUUGGAAGAAAAAGAUAUGGAUUUUAUCCAUCUAAGGUUGUAAACAAAGAAGGAGCUGAAAUAGAUGAGAUUGAACUUCUUCGAGAUGGCGAUCACAUAGUUUUUAGUAAUGGAGAUGUCGAUCACAUAGUUUUUAGUAAUGGAGAUGUCGCUGAAAUGUAAAGAAAAUGGUGUAAUUUCUCACAUUUAUUUUGUUCAAUUUCUUCAUUUAACUUAUAAUAUAUUAUUGGUUGAGAAAAGGAUAAUGUAACUUAAUUUUGAAGGCCUCA